AUGGCUUCCGGAGUAAUGGUUAACGCCGAGUGCCAGACAGCUUUUCAACAAUUAUCUGAGGCCAAAAAGUACCGCUACAUUAUUUAUAAGAUUGUCGAGAAUGAAGUUGUGGUUGAAGUUGCUUUGACUGCUGAAGAGAUAGGGACAACAGAUGACAGUUACGAAGACAAUUCUAAAGCGGCUUAUGAGAUAUUCGUAAAGGACAUUAAAGACAAGACUGACGGUUUUCAAGAUUGUCGUUAUGCUGUUUUUGACUUUAAAUUCCAAACACAUCGUCCAGGCGCUGGAACUUCUAAAAUGGACAAAAUAGUCUUCAUUCAAGUAUUUUUUUGAAAUUAAUAGAGUUUUGGGGCCAUAAUUAGGACUAAUGGUCAAUUCCACAUUUUCAUUAUUUUUGAACUGUGCUCAGGAUUACUUGCCCUUUUCAAAGUCUUUUUGGCCUUUUAGUCUGGUUGUUUUUUGAAUUUUGGGGUUCUAAUCUUAGGAUUAUUUCAUAUGUGGUCUGUGUCAUCUUCCGACUAAAUAUUGUUAUGAAUCCGAGCAAGGCUGCUUAAAAAUCUUGAGUGGUUCUUGCCACUCUUCAGUUUCUCCCCCUCUCUUUUUCUCCCUCAGCGGUCUCAUAAUGGUCAGACUUC